GGGGAAAAGGAAAGAGCUGCCUUGACAGAAUUCCAGAAUGAUGGUGGUGAGAAGGGACCCAGCAGGGUGAGACACCUCGAGCCCAGUGAAGGUGCAAAUGAGACCAUAGGAGCACAACAUACAGAUAUGAUUGAACAUGGAUUUGAUUGAACUGGAAAUGUGAGGUAGAGAAAUAGGAAAGAGAGAAAAAAGAAAUAGGGAAGAGCUCAGGCUGGAACUUGGCAGCUGCUGGGGAGAGCCACAGAGCACAGCGCCUUUCACAAGCGCAGCCAGAGCCUGCACUGAACAAUUUGCUCAGUGGCGACUCCCAAGAGGGUGGCAUGAAAAAUGGGUUCUUUUUGAGUGGAUUAUAAAAGGUUUAAUAAAAGAAAAUAAGAGACAAAUAAUAACGUAAAAGGUUAUAGUGGUUGGGUGUUUGGUAUUAGAUUAAGAGUACACCUGGGUUUUGGGAGAUGUUUUUUAAAUUUAUUUACUUGUUGUAUCUAUGGACUUAUUAUGUAUUUCCAAACUGUUUUAUAAAUUAUUUUUUAUAUUUUAGGAUUUGUUUUAUAUGGUUUUUUUAAAUUUACUUUCUUAGAGCAUGAGCUUUUUUAGUUGUGCUUUUAAUUUUUUGUUUUAUUAGUUUGAAUUUGAUUUCUGGUUUUCAACUUUUAGAGACAGUUGGUGCUGGUAACUGGUAUAUUAGCAGUAGGUGUUUUUAAUGGGUGUUAUUUAAUUAGGUAGGUAGUUUAUUUAUUACGAAGAGACAUUAUUAGCCUAUGUUACUUUUAAAGAAAAUUAUAUUUUAAAAACAAUUUUAACACUACAUAUACAGUAUUUAUGUGAAUAUUUGCGAGAAGCCAAUCCUAUAAUAUGUAUUUCUAACAGCUGGUAGAGCCGCAGCGCCCAGCGCUCCCCACUCCCACCCCACCUGCGUCACCCCCUCGCAUCCAGCGACCCCCGGGAGCCGAAUUUGAGAUCGGGGGGAGGGGCACGGCACGGACGGAUCUGCACUGGGGGGCCCCGAGCCCCCUGCCCAUCCCUGUGAAGCGCGGAAAAAACACACAAAAUAAGUUCUAAGAGUAGGAAUGUAUUUAUUCAGCGCUGAGGGGGAUAGCUCCUCCAAAAACACGCACACCUUUGGCGACCUUCACCUCUGUUUUUAUUCUCUACAAACUAGGAUUGCACAAUAUACCUAAUACAUAUUCAUUGCCUGCCCCGCUUCAUAUUGAAAUUAUCUCAACGCAUCUUUGCGGCAGCACACUGCUCCUUGAGAUAGAGAAAACAGUACUCCUCUUAGCUGAACUUUUCAUCUUGUCUCCUUAAACAUGAUCUUUGUAGUCCUUUGGUCAUCUUCCGGACUUUGAUACCAGUUUCCCUGGGUUCAGGGAUCUAGAGAAUCCCCCUUAUCCUGUGAUGCCUUUGUCCUUCCAUCCUCUUCGCCCACUCCAGCUCUUUAUCUUAUCCUGUAGCCUUGCUCUCCCCCUGUUCUUGUAAGCACCGUAAAUUCCAUCAAACAUACGGUUUUGUCAGCCCUCUUCUAGCCAAAGCAUUUCUCGAGGCUCGAUUCCUAAUUCUCAGUUUCUCUGUCUCCCCUGCAGGCUCAGGGGGUGCUACCCCCUCCCCAACAGCCGCUGCUGCGGCGGCCCUGGGGCACAGCGGGUGGCAAAGGGGGGCGGGAUGCGAGCGGGGGAGCAGCGGGAGGAAGAGGAGGAGAGAGGAAGGGGAGGAGAGAGGAAGGGGAGGAGCAGGAGCAGGAGGAGCAGGGAGAGGAGCAGCAGCCGCAGGCGGAGAAUCGCGGUGUUCCAGGGCGAGCCCGCUGAGCCCGCAGCUCCGCUGGCCCCGGCAGCAUCGCAUUCCUGCAUCCCGCGGGUGAGCGCGGAGGGAAGCUCGCCCCGGGGCUAUCGCGGCAGCUCCGGCACGGAUUUUCCAUUCCCAAGUCUUAUCCAGAUGGAGGAAAAGGCUGUGAGGAAGAGGGAAAUGCCCCGGGAAAGCCAGACAGAUAAGGAGCUGAGGAUGGAGACCAUGGAGGACAAAUCCCUGCAGCAGAACCUCGUGGGAGAGGCUGUUUGGAGUGACUUCUCAGUGCAGGAAUCCAACAAGGAGGAAAAGCCACAGAGAUCCCACACAAGGAGGGGCUGCAAACGCAGAUCAUGGGGAUCCGAGGAGGAAAGACCCAACCUGGACCUGGCAGGCAGCCAGAGAUCUGGCCAGAGCUCUGAGCUGAGGGUCCGUGAGCAGCUUCAUGGUGGCAGGAAGCGCCUCCAGUGCUUGGAAUGUGGGAAGAGUUUCCACAGGAGCUCCAGACUGAUCCAGCACCAAAUGAUCCAUGCCAGGGAACGGCCCUACGAGUGUGGGGAAUGUGGGAAGGGCUGCAGAAGCACCUCCGAACUGAUCUGCCACCAGACAGUGCACACUGGGGAACGGCCCUACGAGUGUGGGGAAUGUGGGAAGGGAUUCAGAUGGAGCUACAGCCUGAUCAUCCACCAGAGGAUCCACACUGGGGAACGGCCCUACAAGUGUGGGGAAUGUGGGAAGGGCUUCAGCUCCAGCUCCAGCCUGAUCGUCCACCAGAGGACCCACACUGGGGAACAGCCCUAUGAGUGUGGGGAAUGUGGGAAGAGCUUCAGCCAGAGCUCUAAUUUGAUCUACCACCAGAGGAUCCACACUGGGGAACGGCCCUACGAAUGUGGGGAAUGUGGGAAGGGAUUCAGCUGCAGCUACAGCCUGAACAUCCACCAGAGGAUCCACACUGGGAAACGGCCCUAUGAGUGUGGAGAAUGUGGGAAGAGCUUCAGCCGCAGCUCUUACCUGAUCUGCCACCAGAGGAUCCACACUGGGGAACGGCCCUACGAGUGUGGGGAAUGUGGGAAGAGCUUCAGCCAGAGCUCCAGUUUAUUCUACCACCAGAUGAUCCACACUGGGGAACGACCCUACGAGUGUGGGGAAUGUGGGAUGGGCUUCAGAAUGCAGUCCCAACUCACCCACCAUCAGAGGAUCCACACUGGGGAACGGCCCUAUGAGUGUGGGGAAUGUGGGAAGAGCUUCUUCCUGAGCUCCAGUUUGAUCCACCACCAGAUGAUCCACACAGGUGAACGGCCCUACAAGUGUGGGGAAUGUGGGAUGGGCUUCAGGAAAAGCUCCAACCUCACCCGCCACCAGAUGAUCCACACUGGGGUACGACCCUAUGUGUGUGGGGAAUGUGGGAAGGGCUUCCGUGACAGCUCUCGCCUGAUCAUGCACCAGGCAAUACACACUGGGGAAUCCCCAUACAAGUGCUCAGAAUGUGGAAAGAGCUUCAGCCAGAGAUGCAACCUAAUUGUCCACCAGAGGAUCCACACUGGGGAGAAGCCCUAUGAGUGUCCUGAGUGUAGGAAGAGGUUUCAGAGGAGAUUGAGUCUGCUCAAGCAUCAGCAGAUUCACGUAGGAGAGGAGAGGCCCUUCCACUCCCCUGACUGUGGGAAGGGCUUAAAGAAAAACUCCACCCUCAUCACCCACCAGCGGAUCCACACCAGGGAGAGGCCCUAACAGUGUCCCCAGUGUUGGAAGAGCUUCUCCCAGAACUCUGCCGUGACCCGACACCAAUGGGAGCACCGGUAAGGGAAGCCCUGUGAGUGCCCCGCAUGCGGGAAGAACUUCAUGUGCUGCUUCAGCUCCAUCCCCACUGGAGGACCACGUUGGAUGCUCCCCAGUUACCUUCGUUGGGCAGAGCCUUGGUGAUCCAUGGUCCUGGUAAUCUAUGUUGGGAACACCUGGCUGGUAGUCUCCAUAUCUUCCUGGCUGGCUGUGGGCACCUGGACUCAGCAGGCCAAAAAUCCAUUGGGAUGCAGACUGACAUCAGGAAUUUAUUUGGGACGGCGAAUUUUACUUUCAACUACAAAAAUUUCACCUUUGCAUCCAGUCAUUUUUUCUGGCAGCAUCAAAGAAUACUGGAUGGCCUUGGAGGUCUUUACCAACCUAAACCAUUCCACGAUUCGACUUUUCUCUGGGCCACAGGCAUCUUCCACAGCCCAACAAUGAUGGACUGGGGCAGAAAACCAAGAUUUUGGAGAUAAUGGAGUGGAACGGCCUCUAAAAAAAGGUUCUUUCUACCUACCCAAGCACAUGCAUACUCAGACAGCAUGGACAGGUAACUCCUUGUAUUUUGGCCUUGAUUUUGUUUCGUUUUUCUUCAGCCCUUCACCUAACUUUGGGGUAAAAAUAAAGACACUGAACUAA